AUGCCAGGAUUACUUUUUUCUCAAGUGCGACUUCCAGUAACAUUUUGCCGUAAAAAUUGUGGUAACAGUCUACAUAUACGAUGUAUGAAAGUAUGGACAGACUAUCAAAGAAAACAAAACCCUUUAGGAUUAAUGGAUUACGUAAAAUGUCCUAUUUGUCGGGGGGAUUUUGCACCCUUACAUGUUCUCAUUCGGGAAUUUACGGAAAAUGUGAAAACAGAUAUUAAAAAGUCUACUGUACCUAAACAUAUUCACAAUAUGACCAUUAUUGGUCAAGCAAACGAUGCACAGAGAAAACUGAACAUCGAAACAAUGCAAACAAGACAUUCAAAUACACGAUGUUUAUCAUGUUUAUGCUCGCCAAUAUUAGGUAAUAUUUAUCGUUGUGAAAUAUGCUAUCAAUUAGGACAAGAUGAAAAUUUAAAUCCGUUUUUAUGUUCACUAUGUUUUCGUUCUAAUAAGCAUUUACAACAUGGUCUAUAUGUUUAUAGAGAGACAUCACACGGAAAAUGGCUUGAAGUACCACCUAAUCGAGGUGCUAUUACAAAUCUCUCUGGACAGUUAGUUAGCAAAGUUCAAGAAAACAAUGAAAACCUUCAGUCAAGCUCAACAGAAAAAUUCAACCAUUUGUCAAUUAACGAAGAAUGGAAACCUCUUCAAUUAGCUGAACUAGCUCAAAUUCGUCAGUGGACAAUUAGAAUUCCUAGAAAUCAUUCUGAUUUCAUCUCAUCAAAAUCGUCGGAUAAAGAAACUAAUAAUGAUAAUAGAAUUAAAUUUGUGAAAGGAAAGUCGUCGACAAGUUCUAAUUUAUUUCCAGAGCGUUCAGGGACAUCAUUCUCGAUGGGAUUGUUAUCACCAGGUCGUCAAUGCCUUCUUUGUUUAAUGUUUUUUAAAGUAAAUGAUAAAGUUAGGCAACUGUCACCUGGCUGUCAACAUAUUUUUCAUUCAUAUUGUAUUGAUCCAUGGCUGCUUCAUAAGUCAUCAACAUGUCCGAUUGAUAACACUCCUAUUCGUCCUAUAAAAACAAUCGAUAAAAAAUCAUCGACAAAUCGUACACCAAGACAAAGAACUGAUGAAAUGUUGACUGACAAUUUGAGUGAAUUAAAAAUUUUUGCAAAACGUAUUGAAGGCAAGCCGAAAAUUAGAGCGAACCCUGCUCAUAAUAACUUAGCGAGCACUGGGGAUUAA